GCAGGGCGGGCACUGGAGGGGGUUGAGGAGGCGGCGGCCAGGCUGUAGGCCCAACAACAAGCCGGCCUUCCCUGUACCGUUCCUCUGGAUUCUCCCUAACUCUACGCUUCCACUUGGGUGGAUCUUCUUGUACCCGUGCUAAUAAAAUGCUGAGAUAGCCAAAAGGGAAAAUAGAAAUCAUGAUCAAAGUGUACAGUCCUCUGGUUGUACACCUUGUGUAUUAUGUUCAACACCGCUGGCUGAGAUCCAAGGCUGAUAAAGGACACACACAGAGGCAGUGCAGAGAGGAGCCAUCAGUCUGAUCCCAAACCUGAGGCAGAUGGAAGAAACUUGUGUGCUUCAACCAUGAAAGAAGACGAUCUUCGAGGCGUUCUUGCACAGUCAUAUUACUUUGACCGAGGUGACAUUGCUCUGGACAACUUCACAAAAUUCUUCAAGAAGCACUCGGACAAGGAACGUGAGCAGGCAGAGAAGCUGAUGAAAUUUCAGAAUCAGCGAGGGGGCCAUAUUACCCUGCAAGAUAUCAAGAGACCCGAGCAAGAGGAUUGGGACAAUGGUCUUUCGGCAAUGCAGUGUGCUCUACAACUGGAGAAGAAUAUUAACCAAAGCCUGCUGGAGCUAUACAAACUGUCCAAAGAUAGAUCUGACCCUCAUUUGUGUGACUUCCUGGAGACUCAGUACUUGGAAAAGCAGGUCAAGACCAUCAAGAAACUUGGGAGCCACAUCACCAACUUGCAUCGUCUAGGUGCCCCGCAGAAUGGCACGGCUGAAUACCUGUUCAACAAGCACACCUUGGGGGUGGAGUAGAUCGUGCAACAGCAGGCCUUCACCUCUCACCCUGAAUGCGACAAUACCCAUUUCUCUCCAAACAUUCUCCAGUGCCCC